GAAAGCAUAUAGUUGGAUUAUGUUCUUUUAUCCAUUCUGCCAGUUUCUCUUUUGCUUAGAAAUUUUAUUCCAUUGACAUUUAGAAUAAUUACUAAUGAGGGGGGAAUUACUUCUGUCAUUUUGCUAUUUGUUUUCUACAUGUCUUUUGGUCUCUUUUGUCCCUUGUUUCCUCAUUACUGUUUUUUGUGUUCCACUUGUGUUUUGGUAGUAAAAUGUUUACAUUUUUUGUCGUUUCCUUUGUGUACUUUCUAUAGCUAUUUUUUUCUUUGUAGUUACCAUGGAAAUUACAUUUACCAUGCUAAAAUUAUAACACAUUAUUUGAAUUUAUACCCUUUUAGCUUCAACGAUAUUUUAACAAGGGUGAAAGGGGGUGGAGGGAUAAACUGUUGGUUUGUAUGUCCCAUGAUUUUUUUUUGUUGUUGAAAAAUGGGUGUUUGUGUCUUACAUUGUGGUAACUUGAGAUUCAGUUCUCCCUCUUCCUAGGGUUUGCUGGGAUCUGUUUGUUUGUCUUUCUGUUUGUUUGUUUAAUGGCUAUAGGUUGUCUCCAACCUGGAGAUCAGUCUGAGGUAUAAAGUUAAGGUCUACUCAGAUUUUUUUCUUACCCAGAUAUGCAUGGUGACUUUGUAAAUUCCCCUGCAUAUAUGAUUGAUUUUGAGUGCCUUAGUCCUUGAAUUUCUGCCUAUCAAAAUGGGACUAAGAGAAAAAUGAUGUGAGGGGGGUGGACAGAAUAGACGCCUGCCCUUUAAAUCCCCUGUGAAAUUGCUUCAGCUAGUGAGGGGAGGGCCUUUGCAACAUUGGUAGUGUGGUUUCCAACAAUGGCUGCCCAACUCUGUAGCACUACCAUCAUUAGAAGCAGCAAAAAGAGCACAGAUUUCUGAUAUUUGGAGGACAGAUGCCUUAUUGCCCAACCUGGCUCCUAGAAGCUUCUCCAGGAACACGUACAUGGUGCCUGCCCCAGGGCUCAGAGUUAGGGGAGUUGGAGAAUGAAAACCAUUACCAUGCUAAGAGCUGAAAGUGAUCAAAAUUAAAGCAGUUUAGCAUUGCAGAGGGGUUACAUCAGAUUGAUUCUACCAGUAUAGUUGUCCAGAAGGGAAGACACAUUGCUGGUUCUUACUUUUCUGCUCUCUUACCUCUGUCUGUCCUUAGGAACUUUUUUGUAGUAUUUAAAUAGCUUUCUGGUGGUCUAUUGUGUGCUGAGUUGUCUGGGACAGUAUUGGCUACUGACUUGUCCUGUCAUUCCCUUAGGAAUUGGGUACUCUUGGUCUCAUGCAGAUCCUCAGAUGAGGCUACAGAAAAUGUCCUCUGCUUCACAGGAUGGACAUGACUCCAUUCUCAACAAGAUGGGCUCAGAGCAGGCCUGACACAGAUGAAUGGCAUUUGAGAGAGGACAUCACUUCAGGGCUUUGUCAAAAUCAUACAAAGAACCUGUCCUGUUUAAUUGUGUUUUGGUGCCAUUGCUAGUGGCCACACCUCACUUCUACUUUCCCUUCUCCAUUCUUAACACUUUGCUGACUUGUCAUUUCUACUAGUCAUUUUUAUUCUGACUCCAGCUGAGAGCUACUCCCCACCUCUCUGGACUGCUUACCUCACUUAUUCCUCACACUGUUCCCUCCUUAGUGCAUUCCCACUUUGUAGUGUCCUAAAGUGUGCAAGUGUCUAAUUAUGCUUAAACAUUUUUUACCUUUGUUCCAGUCAGAUUUUUCUGGGACUGGACUGGACUUCUGCACAGCAUCCCAUGUUGUCAGCAGAUAUAAUCCUGCUAAAAGCCAUUAGCAGAAGAAUGAGCUGUAGGACAUGCCUUUCUCCCUGGGCCACACCCUUUACUCAUGUCCUGUGCCUGGGGAGGCCCACACAAUCCUGUGAACUUAGGGAACCAGUGGGGCACAGCAGCUGCUUCCUCAAGCUGACCCCAACUUUCUUUUCCUGAAAACAGUUUCAUGGACUGAUUCUUUGAUGCAUCAAUUUACAUUUGUGAUUGUUUUGCCCCCUCUCAAUAUGGUUAACGUGUACUUCACCAUCACUUUUUCAGGCUGUUGGCAUGAAGUGGAAGAUAAGGAAACAUCUCCUGAACAGAGCAUUUCUGUAGAAGGAGUGUCACAGAUCAGGACUCUUAAAGCAAUUUCAUCUCCCCAGAAGGCCCAGCCCUUUGAGAUGUGGGGCCCAAUCUUGAGAGAUAUUUUGCACUUGCCUGAGCACCAGGGAAUGCAUCUUGGGCAGAAACCAUACACGUAUGGGAAACAAUUUUAUUUCACUGCCAACCUUCAGCAGUACCAGGGGCAGCACAUUGGAAAGAUACCCAUCAGAAGUUCUGCAGACCAAGACUUGUAUGUAAAGAGUUGCACAACCCACUUGUCAGGGAAAUCCAUUAUCUGUAUGGAGAUUGCGAAGGACUUCUUAGCCAGCAUGGGAUUUUUCCAUCAACAGGUCAUUCACACUGAGGAGAAGCCAAACAACAGUAAUGAGUGUGAGGCUGUCUUUCACAGUGGAAAAAAGCAUCAGAACUGGGGAGAAGGCAAAAAAGCCCUCAACUGCACAGACACACUUGUUGAGGACCAAGGAGUCCUCACUAGAGAAGGGCUUUACGAGUGCAGCAAAUGUGGAAAAGCCUGUACCCGAAGAUGUAACCUCAUUCAGCACCAGAAAGUCCACACUGGAGAAAGGCCUUACGAAUGCCAUGAAUGUGGAAAAUUCUUUACCUACCUUUCCAGCUUCAUUAUACAUCAGAGAGUUCACACUGGAGAAAGGCCUUAUGAGUGCAGUGAAUGUGGGAAAUCCUUUAGCCAGAGCUAUAGCCUCAAUAGCCAUAGGAAAGUUCACACAGGAGAAAAACCUUAUGAGUGCAGGGAAUGUGGGAAGUCUUUUAGUCAAAGAUCUAACCUCAUUCAACAUCAGAGAGUUCACACUGGAGAAAGGCCUUAUGAGUGCAGUGAAUGUGGGAAAUCCUUUAGCCAAAACUUUAGCCUCAUUUACCACCGGAGAGUUCACACUGGAGAACGGCCUCAUCAGUGCGGUGAAUGUGGGAAAUCCUUUAGCCGAAGCUCCAGCCUCAUUCACCACAGGAGACUUCAUACUGGAGAAAGGCCUUAUGAGUGCAGUAAAUGUGGGAAAUCCUUUAAGCAAAGCUCCAGCUUUAGUUCACAUCGGAAAGUCCACACAGGAGAAAGGCCCUAUGAGUGUGGGGACUGUGGAAAAUCAUUUAGCCAUAGUUCCAACCUCAAGAACCACUGGAGAGUUCACACUGGAGAAAGGCCUAUUGAGUGCAAUGAAUGUGGGAAAUCGUUUAGCUGCAAAUCUAACCUCGUUAAACACCUGAGAGUCCACACAGGAGAAAGGCCGUAUGAGUGUGGGGACUGUGGAAAAUCCUUUAGCCAAAGUUCCAGCCUCAUCCAGCAUCAGAGAGUUCACACUGGAAAAAGGUCCUGAGUGCAGUGAAUGUUGGAAAAAAUUUUCAGCUGCAAAUAUAACCUCAUUCAACACGAGAGACUUCACACUAGUGAAGGGCCAUAGAUAGCUGGGAUGUGCAGUUUCCUUCUAGUGUAAUUACAGUGGAGGAGAUAAGUUUUGAGGGAGCCAUUUACCUGAAUUAAAGCCCAUACAUCCACAAAUCUGCAGUGGGGAGUGUUAUGUAGGAAUCCUUAAGGAGCUGUGUUAUACUUUAUUUCCUGCCAGGCUCUUUCUAGCUUUAUGUCACUGCCAGUAUGACAGAAUUCAUUUCACCUGUGUUAUCCAGCAGGUUCACACAAUGUGCAAAAUUAUCUCCCAACAUGUUCAGGGAAGUUGACUUCUGUCCCAUUCCUGUUUGCGGGGUAAGUAAUGAGUAGUCUUAGCUCUUGUGGGAUCCUCAUUCCCUUCCCAUUUCCAAAGUAGGGCCUGGACCCGAUCCAGUUUGGGCCCAGUGGACCCAGUCUGAGUUCUAUUUGUGACUUGCCAGGAAGGACUGCAUUUUCAGGGACAUGUUUAUUUAUGGUGACAUUUCUUUUGGAUUUUCCCAGCCUCUGAGUCACAAAGCUGGGAAUUGCAAGCCUCCUAUUGCUCUGCAUUUUGCAAUAAUAAAGGCAUUAAUGUUUAAGCCA